GUGAUAUUUUCCGCUUCGCCAUUUUGUGCUGCUGCUACGCCGGGUAUUUAUCUGAAGAUUCGUGACUAGGCCAUCUACAUUGCUAGUUAGCUAGCUAGGUGUUCUUGUACCUUUCCCAGUUUACAUCUAAAGACAGUUGCCUUCGAUAGGUUUAGUAGCUAAGCCAUUGGGAAACAUAGCAAUAGCCGUUUUGUAUUACUUAGUUUGUUUACUGUGUGAGAAAGAAUGUCGUCCGAAAGCCCCGAAUAUUCUCCGUUCUUCGCAGUGAUGGGUGCCUCUGCGGCUAUGGUUUUCAGCGGUAAUUAUAACACAAUUCAAAUACUAUCUUUACUAGCUAGCUGCAUUUAAAUUAUACAUUGUAUGUGUGUAAUUGGUUAAUUUUAACAGCACAGUUUUCUUUAGUGUUUGAAACCAGCUAACGUUAAAGGAGUCCAGAAACUGUCAUUGGCGUAUUUGACAUUAAUUAUAACUAACGUCGUUAGCUAACUAAUAUAGUUGUCCAGUAUUUUGCUAAGCUGUGUCAUUGCUUCAGAUCAACGGAUUUGAAGUGAGUUAGUUAUGUGUGCGUCGAUAGUUAAUUCUUUCUCAAUUUUAGGCGCUUUUAGUUUUACGCUUUGCGACAUGCGACACACUACGACACCACCAGAUUUGAGCGUAACGUUAGUGGUAUCUUAGGCGAGCUGGUCAUUAUGAAGGCAGGAUACCUAUUGAUAGUGAAUAUUGACCAUCAGUUUCAUAUUUUGAGUUUAUACAAUUGAUACUAGGAAGAAUAGCAGCUGAACUUGGUUAUAGAUUUGUGCAAUGUAACGUUAGGCAUAACCAGCAGGGGAGCACGCUCAUUCGAUGAUAAAAUGAAUGGAAUGUCAUCGUUUGAUCCACGUCAUACGAACAAUUCCAUGUGAAUUCGGGUGAUUUAAAGGCUGCUGCAUAGAAAUUGGGCGCUUGUGGACCAAUUUAAUGUGUAUAGGCCUCAGCUAAUUGGAAUGGAAAUAAAUUGCUCGAGGCACCUUGAAUCUAAUGAAAAUGGCAUUUACAUCAAGAUCACAUGACAAUCACAUGAUUGGACUUGUGAUUUGGAAUUUCCAAGUAGCCUAUGAUUUAGGAAGUGCACUCGUGGAGACCCAUAAACAACUUACCACUAAAACACAAUCAAUAUAUAACAUUUAAUCAGAUUUAUGUACAUUUGCAUGUCUAAGAAGAUAAAUUGGCAACUAAGUGCAAUCAUUUGAUCAUCUUGAUGUUAUUGAUGGCCUCAGGUCCAAGUGAGGGUGUUGAAACGACUGUCUAGUGAUCUUUCUCAUGACAAAUAAGAACAGGGAGGACAGUGAUGUAUCAGUAUUGUCUUUGGAUUUUUUAUUAUCCUGUUAGGUCUGAUGCAUUCACUCAAGAAUUUUGCACAAUAUGCAUCCUCACAGCAUACAAUUACCAACCAACUGUGCCAUUGAUUGCAAGAUGCAUGGUUUGGACUAUCACUAGGCCACAAUUAGGAAUCAAUGUUUAAAGAUGCACUCCAGCAAUUUUUAAAAAACCUUUCCUGUUGAAAAACAAUAUGCCACCUAAAAAUACAUUAAUGUACACACACUUAGACAUGUUCCGGAACUUUGGCGACUCCCGCUUUGGUCUGUGUGUUAAUGUGUAGUUCAUACAUGCAUAAUCUAUGAGCGGAAUUACUGUCUUACCUCAAUUAGCCACAAAAUCUCAAGUUUGAAAGCAACUGUUUUUCUGGAAGCUGUGUUGUGCCAUUUUCCCCCAUGUGGGCCCAGCCCCCUAGCAAUUCGAGUUCAACCAAUGAGCUUCAACCUCUCGCCAUAUGAGUGACAGCUAGCAAGAUGCACGUUGCACCCACAGCAGAGCAAGAGAGAUAGAGGAUGUGGUACACAUAUCUGCACAUACACUAUAUAUACAAAAGUAUGUGGACACCCCUUCAAAUUAGUAGAUUAGGCUAUCUCAGCUACACCAGUUGCUGACGGGUGUAUAAAAUCGAACACACCGCCAUGCAAUCUCCAUAGACAAACAGUGCCAAUGGCCUUACUGAAGAGCUCAGUGACUUUCAACGUGGCAUCGUCAUAGGAUGCCACCUUUCCAACAAGUCAGUUUGUAAAAUGUCUUAAUGCUACAGCAUACAAUGACAUUCUAGACGAUUCUAUGCUUCACACUUUUUGGCAACAGUUUGGGGAAGGCCCUUUCCUGUUUCAGCAUGACAAUGCACCUAUGCACAAAGCGAGGUCCAUACAGAAAUGGUUUGUCAAGACUGGUCUGCACAGAGCCCUGACCUCAUGCACAGAGCCCUGACCUCAACCCCAUCGAACACCUUUGGAUGAAUUGGAACGCCGACUGCGAGCCAGGCCUAAUCGCCCAAGAUCAGUGCCCGACCUCACUAAUACUCUUGUGGCUGAAUGGAAGCAAGUCCCCAUAGCAAUGUUCCAACAUCUAGUGGAAAGCCUUCUCAGACGAGUGGAUGCUGUUAUAGCAGCAAAGGGGGAACCAACUCCAUAUUAAUGCCCAUGAUUUUGGAAUGAGAUGUUCAACGAGCAGGUGUCCACAUACUUUUGGUCAUGUAGUGUAUGUGAUGUAGUACUCCAUUUUCGGGGACUACUUUUGGCUCGUGAGCUCUGCUUUCAGAACUACUGGCGAAAAAGUAUACAAAAGUACAGGAGAAACCCUUUAAGGGUAAAAACAUGUUUUGAGGAAAAAAAACUGAAAACCUCAAGGAGUAGGCCAUUCAAGGAGUUGGUCGGAUGGUGCCUUCUGUUAUUGGCCUUUCCCUUGUUUGCGGGUACAAUAGAGAACCAAAGAGGAAAGCCCCCCCCCCCCCCCACUUGUGCCAUGUCAUGAGGAUACCUGGACAAGCUAUUGAGAUGAGCCAGUCACUGAAACGAUGCUGCUAACCAACCAACCACUUACUUAGUGCUGCACACAAUGUUGAAUGCUUCCAACAAAAAGCUAGUUAGCAAGCUACUGAAGUAGUGCUGCUAACAUUGAGUGUUAAUGAAGCAGCUGUUCUGCUGCGAGUCAUUGCUGUAGCCUCGCGAGUCAGCUGUUGUGCUCCGUUGACCCAACGAUACAAAGUAACUAACGUUAGCUAUCGGAGAAACGUUGAAUCUACGGACUGAUUUCUGAUAAGUCCCUCCCAAUUUGGGGUCUGCAUGUCUACAACUUCAGGGUAAUUUAAACAGCCUAAGCAGUAAGCUUUUUAUGUCCGUAAAUGUAAAGCUAACUAACGUUAGCCAUGUCAGUAAGCUAGCUACAACAGUAAGCUAAGCAGCUGAAGUCACUGCACUGGCAAUGGCGACCGAUGUCCUUGCACGUCAGGUAGCAGUGACACCAUCUGACGUAAGACAAUGACAAGUCACAGCACUUAUUGAUGGGUACACUUCCUGCUUUGCGGCUAUGGGUACACUCGCAAUGGCUGCCAUUCCACCCAUUAUGCUACCAUUGACUUGAAUGGGGACGCCCAUUAUAUUUAUUAUAUUUCAAUGGCAGCACAUGCAGUCAAGAGAGGAGAAAAUGUGCGGGGGGAAAAAAUAAAAUGUGUAUUUUUAAUUGUUUUGCUAUUCCAAUGGUUAUUCUGGAGACUGCGGUCAUUUGGCUGGCCAAUUAGUCAUCCAAAAUUCAAUUUCUGUCACAGCCCUAACUGCUAGUAGCUGGAGGGUAUGUGGCACUAUUGGCUCCUUUACUGUGUGGUGUGGGUGGCAUCAUGCCACCUGUCUGUCGACCUGGGCAGUUGUAUUGAGUAAUAGGCCUAAAUGGUUAAUAUGCUGGUUAACUGCACAGGUGUAUGACUCUUAGCUCAUAUUUGGGGAAAUGUUGUCCUUUUUUUUUUUUUCAUGACCAAAGGGAAUUGUUCAUUCUAGCCUUACAAUUGAAAAAUGGAGCCAUGACCUAAAGAAAACAUGGUUCCGUAAUAACUUGUGGAGGAAGGGUGGCCUCAGUUAUACUCCGGUCUAAGUAAGCCUACUUGUACUCCUUUACACAGCACUUACCAAUGUUCAGACAGGUGUAUGACCCUCUCACCUAAUGUUCCUGUCAACACCCCAUACACAUGGAAACUGAUUGCACUAAAAUAGACUUUCAUCAUAUCCAAUAUGUGUGGGUAUGUAGGAAACACACUAGCUAGAGGCUAACCUAGCUGGAGUCCUAUACAUGUUUAGUGCUGACUGAGAUCCUAUGGAUAGUGAUGGCACAGGGCAGCGCGGGUAGCCCCUGUAGCUGGCAGUGGGUGUGAUCUGUGACAGGCAGGGUGGGAAGGAGUGACAGAUGGGGAAGUAGCCAGCUGGGAGGGCUGCUGGUGGGUGGUGGCAGGCACCCAGUGGAGGGGGCUGACCGGGGACACCGGUGAUGAUGGCCCAGCAGCAUUAAGCAUCUUACAGGGUUUCUUUCUUACAGGAAACGUGAGCUUGCCAUCUUGUGGUGUCACUGCACCACCACUACCAUACUUGAGAUUGAGAAACCAUAUGUAAAUAGCCAGCUUUUUAUUUUAUUUUAUGAAGUGAGUUUUUGAUCUACUGGUUUGUGUGUUUGUAAACCAUUGCCUAUAUUGUGUUUCAUGAUCAUUUAAAAGGCACAAAUUGUAGACUACAGUUGAUCUCUUUGAGAACAUGAUAUAGCACAAUUUAUUUCACAUUACUGUUGCCGUUCCCAGUUAUAUUCUUUAAUGUCUUAAUGUCUUAACUCAAAGUGGGAAGGCUCUGCUUUGGCACGGUGGAGGCACCAUGAUGGAAUCUAAAAUAUUGGUUAGAUAACAGGUUGUUGUGGCUAGAUUUCAUUAAACCACAUGCUACUUUCUGGUGAUAAACUGAGAUCGCUGCAUAGGGCUCUGACGAUCAUGGAAUUUUGGAUGACUGUAAUUGGCCAGCCAAAUGACCGGUCUCUGUAAUAACCGUUCGAAUAGCAUACACGCGUUUAAAUGCAGAUUUUCUCCUUUCCUGACUGCGUGUCCCCACUCAAGUCAAUGAUGGCAUAAUGGGUGGACUGGUGGCCAUUGCGAGUGUACCCGUAGGAGAAAAGCAGGAACAAGAGCAAUGCGUUUACCAGUCAAAUUGCCAGGGUUAGAGGUUCCAAGCCCAUUCUAUUAAUCGUUUGCUACAACACCUUGUUCGUUUCGACAAGGAACAACAACGUUUCAUCACGUUGUUAAGAGUCCAUUUUAUAGCAGUCAGCUGUUCGUUCCCAAAAAAUAAACGGUUAUGUUGGUUAUUUUAUUUUCAUGAUGGUCAGUUACAUUGUGCCAGCCCUAGGAACGGUGGCUGUUCCAAGUUGCUCGUCCUCAGUUGAGCUUGCGUCAUAUCGACAGGGCAGUAGCGUUUGGGCUGUUAUGUCUGCAGCCUUCACUGCUUGAGGCCUUUGCUCUCGGUUGGUAGUCGGUACAGGCGCUGACUGGCUGUGACGAGCAUGGUAGCGAAAUCCUUUAAUGGUACUGGCUGACCCAGUCUACCAUAGUGAUGUGAGCUCUACUAUACAUUUUAUCAGUAGUACCCACCCUAUCCCUCCUAACACAACUACUAGCCAAUACAUGCCACUGGAGGAGCUGCUUGACUUUAGAAUUUAUAGUGUGUUAUAUAGCCCAAAGUAGGGGCAUAUGCAUCAUUUUAAAAUGUUUGACAACUGCAGACAACUACAAGGCUAGGCAACAUUUUAAUACUUCAUCUACUGGUGUAUUUAAGACCUCUCCUAAAAGCCUGGUGUUGUACAAAAGUCCUCAUUUUAACUGCGAUGGAUUGUGUCCACACUCCUCUCAAAGCUCAUCUCUUUUUGUGUAAUGAGUCAACCUAUUUUGAUUAUGUCACUUGCAUUUUUUUAUUGCCUACUUUUGUUUUGUUCUAAUACUGCUCAAAUGGCAUGGCAUAUUUUCUGUCAGUUGGUUCAAUAGAUUUAGGAGUAGCUUUAUAUUUUUCCAUAACACCAUUAUUCUAAUGGUCUUAUUUACUACUUUGAUCCCUCACAUCACUGCUAAACCUGGAAGUAGCCCCACCACAUCUUGUUCAGUGUCUAUAGACAUUGGUCACUCAAAAUAUUGAAUUAGAUGGACCAGUAUGUUUUCUUUUUAGGCUAAAUAAAUGGGUGCUAUUUUGCAAAGUUUUUUUUUUUUUUUGUCAUUUAGCAGACGCUCUUAUCCAGAGCGACUUACUUGGUGAGUGCAUACAUUUUCAUACUGGCCCCCCGUGGGAAACGAACCGACAACCCUGGCGUUGCAAGCGCCAUGCUCUACCAACUGAGCUAUACAGGGCAAUAUCCCUGGCUUCACCGUGAUAUUGUCCACUACAGUUUCAUCAAGGUAGUUUGCGGUUUUAAGACCAAGAGUUGGCUAUAUUAUGCUACAAAUUCAAGUACUGAUAAAAAUGCUAUUUGGGUUUGAGCAUCUUUUUCACUGAUCACCUGUUUGAUUACUUCCAUCACCACAGUAUCUUUACAUUGCAGAGCGUUUGAGGCGUCCAAGUGUAGUAACGUUAAUGAGUGAUCUGGGGGGGGGGGAGAGAAAUACUAAAAGCUCUUUACCUCCGCAGAGGAUUAGGAUUAAAGCACAGGGGUUCUGCCUCAUGCCACCCAUUGCAGCAGUCCUCAAACACAACAUUUAAUUUUCAGAGAAUAAAGCCAUGGAACCUUGUCUCCACAAACCUAAACAUGCUCCGCAUGUCUGUCACUCCACUGAGGUAGAUCUGGGUCAUGUUCAGUAGGGCACACAAUAGCAAAACGUUUUGCAAUGUCCAAUUAGAUCACUGAUUUUAGUUUAUUAAUUCAUUUCACUCAAUGAUUUCUCUACUGAACACAACACUGGUGGGUUUGGUCUCUAGAUCUACGGUUGGUGCGUUGGUCUUCGUUUAUCAAAAGGCGGGCAUGAGGGCCAGCUGUUUGGAGAGGGUCCUUCAUUGUGCUUCAACAUGGAAGUCAUUACAUUAACAAUAUACCUCCUCAGGUCAGAGUGGGAGCUGCAAGAUAGUGCUUUAGGGGUUGUGGCAUGAAAUAAUCUACUGUAUAGAACCGUUCAGCCAUUCACAUUACUGAUCCAGAAAUGUAGCCUAGGUGAUGGAUAAAUCUGGUCUGUGGUUUAUAGAAAUGCGGUUGGAAGUGGUCUUGUCUUGGUAUCUGAGGUGCUGCUGUAACUUCCCUCCCAAGUGAGAUUGAGAAAAGUGAGUGCUAGGCUAUUUCGUAAACCAAUCACCAAGACCCAUUAUGGGAAACUCGAAACCAAUAUGCAGUAAAUGCAUUUCCAGUAAUUACGCUAAGCUAACUUCAAUCAUCUCAACUGCAUGCAGACACACGCAUUGUAUCCAUGAGUUCGUCUGACUCUGAGAUGUAGGUAAUUGAUCUACUUUCCCAACCUUUAACGGGUUGUCUAUUUUUAGAUGCACCAUUGUAGUAAUAGUGUAAUGUCCAUAUGGCUCUCUGCCUCAUGGUCUCAGUCGUCACGCGCUGCCUGUCGACGUGGUGACUGCGUUCUGCGGGGCCUCUACAUUAGAGGGCAUAGAAAUGGAGUCUAUUCAUUCUAUUUCUAUGAUUGCUGCUGAUGUGACAUCAGAUGUUUCGGCUGGUGCUGGUUUGUGUCCCUUCUGUGCUGCUGGUUGCCUCUGGAGGGAUGUGGCAUCCUGCUGUCUUCCUGUGUGGAGAGCCUAAUGAGUGUUUUUCAGGCAGGGAGGCGGAGUGAUUUAGAACACUGCAGCUCUGGCACAGAGCCAUGAAAUGGAAUGAAAGGGGUUAAACUGAGCUCCAUUCCCUGUGGGUAUCUAUGGGUUGAGGCGAGGAGAAUUGGCCUGAACCGUAGCUGUAAAGGGGAAUGGCUGGUUUGAGAACCGUGGUCGAGCACAUCGGGGGCAAGGCGGGGGUGGGGGGACGUGAUGCUGGUAAUUUCCUCGUACACAAGCAGAAUUUCCCUGCUGUAGCCAUGUUGACCUUGUUGGUAAAGGGAACAGAAACUGGUUUUGUUACCUAAUCAAGCCUCAAUUUCAGUUCCUCAUGUUGCUCAACCGUGUGUUUUACUGUGUUUGUACAUUGAUCAAAUCACAGAAUGAAGUAGAACACUAUUUAUUAUAUUGUAUCUCCUAUGGAUCUAAUACUCUCUCCCUCCUUCACCAGCCUUAGGAGCAGCCUAUGGGACGGCUAAGAGUGGCACAGGGAUCGCUGCCAUGUCGGUGAUGAGGCCGGAGCUCAUCAUGAAGUCUAUCAUCCCCGUGGUCAUGGCGGGUAUCAUAGCCAUCUACGGCCUGGUAGUAGCGGUGCUCAUUGCCAACAACAUCUCCGAGAAGGUCACCCUCUACAAGUAAGCCUAACCCCUCUCAUGACAUCUCUUAUGUCUAGAAAUGGGCUCUAUUUGCAUUUCCUCUUUCCUAAUACUACAAUGUGAGGAACUUAGAACAGGCUCAGAGGUAACUGGUCCAUCAAUCCAUAACGCCUGACAUUGAUGUAAGAUCAAAUCUAUAUACUGUGGAAAUGUAGUUUUAUUGCCAAAUUUGAGUAAAUGUCUAAUUGAAAACAUCUCUGCUUGCUUUUGUCGUUGUUCAUUCUGUAUCACAUAGUAACCCUGUCCAUUGGUAUUGAUCCUAUUGUAAUCCUCUGUCUCUGUUGUAGGAGUUUCCUCCACCUGGGUGCUGGCCUGAGUGUGGGCUUGAGCGGGCUGGCAGCUGGCUUUGCCAUCGGUAUCGUAGGUGACGCGGGCGUUAGGGGCACGGCCCAGCAGCCCCGGCUCUUCGUGGGCAUGAUCCUCAUCUUGAUCUUCGCAGAGGUCCUCGGCCUCUACGGUCUCAUCGUGGCCCUCAUCCUGUCCACGAAAUAAACCACUAACUUCUCCACCAAAAUCUGUCCUAUGUUGCUGCUGGAGAAAAAAAUUGUAAAACCAGAUUUAAAAAACAAAGGAAAAAAUUUAUGACACAAGUCUUAAAGUGACGAACGUGGAAAAUAAUUACAUAAUUAAAAAUGGCUCCGUAAAUAUGGUCUUAUCUCUACAAUGUGUACAGUCGUCCCGAUUUGAUAGUCAAACUUCUUGUAAAUGCGCAAUGUAGUGAUUUGUCUGUUCUGUGUGUGUUUAAAAAUGUACGAAGAUUCUUUCCCCCCACUGGUUUAACGACGUUCAGGCUCACCAGGUUUCUCGCUGGUUUCUGCCUCUUGUCUUAGAGAGCUCACCAAAGGGCCCCACUGCUUUCUAUCCUCCUGCAUUGAUUUGGGAGUUCACACGAUUUCUGCAUUAAUGUCUAUGGGGAUCUAUUUGUAAAGAAGAGAAAUGUAUGGACUUAACUUUGUUUUUUGUAUUUUUUCUCCACUGGUUUUAUUUAAAGAAUUGUUCAAUGAAUCUGUUUUAAAUGGAGCAAACAUUUUAAAUUCCCUAGGAGAUAUAUACAUACAUAUAAAUAUCUAUAUAGAUUUAAUGCACUGUGGGUUAAUUGUGAUGUGGUUGGAUUUCCUCUGGAUGUAUCAACGUACUUGGUUUAAAAUUAAGAUUGCCUUUAGUGUGUGGCUGGUGGAGUGGGAGUUGUGUAAUUGUGUAGUUUAAUCAUUACAAACAUUCUUGAAACACUUCAAUGUUUUCCUGUAGUACUGCUGUUUGAUUGCAUUAAAGGUAUGUGUGCCCAGUGUUGGGUCUCACAAGUGUAAUUUCCAAAACGACGUCAUCUCCAGCGUCUUCGUCCGUAGAUGUAUGCAUUCUCACCACACCUCCCAUUAAACGAGCAGGGAGUUAUGGUUUUUGGUCAAAUUCCUUGUAGUUCGCCAUACUCGCUGUACCAUAGUGUAAUUCAAAUAGGUAGCCAGGUUGUUUUAGUGUAGAAAUGUCACUCACAUUAUCACAGGUGAUUUCCUUGAUUUUGGUUAUGUUAAAGGAGAUGGUGACUUGUAACUCAAAUGAGCUACACUGAACAAAAAUAUAAACGCAACAAUUUGAAAGCUUUCACUGAGUUAGUUCAUAUAAGGAAAUCAGUCAAUUGAAAUAAAUUCAAUAGUCCCUAAUAUAUGGAUUUCACAUGACUGGGGAUACA